CGGCCCCCCCGCGCCAUGAUCGCCGUCUCCAUCCCCGCGGCGGAGCCCCCGGCGGCUUCGCGCAGCCCCGACAGGGCACACACGGUGUUCCAGGUGGAGGUGCUGUGCAAUGGCCGGCGGCACACAGUGACCAAGCGCUACAGUGAGUUCCAGGCGCUACACAAGCGGAUCAAGAAGACCUGCAAGGUGCCUGACUUCCCCCCGCGCCAUGUCCCCCACUGGAUGCCCAAAGCACUGGAGCAGCGCCGGCAGGGCCUGGAGCUCUACCUGCGGGGUGUUCUGUACCACAACAAGGAGCUGCCCCAGGAUGUGCUGGACUUCCUGAAGGUACGGCGGUGCCAGCAGGACCCCAAGGCCAGCAGCCCCUCCAGACUCCUGCCUUCCCAGCGCCCUGUCAUCAGCUUCUGCUCCGAUCCAUAUGUGGGGCCAUGCGACACUGACCUGCUCCCCAACACAGUCCUCACCGGGGUCCUGCAGGGCCUUUACCUCCCCCUGAGCUGCACCCCCUGCCAGGCAGUGCCUUGAGCCCCUGGAAUGCCAGGCUCCUGGGCACCCACGCAGCUCCCAGGGCUGCAGUGGUGAGGAAAGGAAUCCUGUGGUGAAAACGACUCCUUCACACUGGACUGGGGCAGGAAAACAGUGGGAGAACCCAAGGGGACAGUGGGAAUCACAGCUGCUCUCCCACCACCAUCCCAAGUGCCUUGUCUGGGAGAGUAGGAGCUAUGCCUUCUCCCUAAUAUUUUGGGGUUGUGGUUGCAGCCUUUGGAUGCUGAACCGUGCUGGAAAACCCCUCUGCAUCUGGGAUUUGGUGCAAUAAAUCUCUUGGAUUUCAUUGCCUGGUAAA